GUGAGGCUUCGCUCUCUCUCUCUCUCUCUCUCUCUCUCUCUCUCUCCUUCCUUCCCGAAUCCGACUCGAACUCGAAGCCGCCCCUUCGAUUGUCUAACCACGGCUGGGGUCGUCGCCUGAAUCACUGUAUUGAAACGGCAGCGUUUUAGCUCGAUUGUGUUGCUCAGGGCAAAACCGCAAAAGGCGCUCCUUCAGCCAGUUCUUCUGUAUGCAACCUUGUCUUCCAUGGAGACCAACGGACUCGAUGCUUCAGGCGUGGAGAGGAAAUUUGAUGGCUACAAUGAAUGAGAAGGAUGUUCUAUCAACCCAGUCUGUCAAAGAAACUGCUGCUUCUUUUCCGAGCUCAGAAGCAAACCCUAUAGAAACUGAAAUAAAAGCUCGUGUUAAUGCUGUAUGGGAGCAAAUGAAUAAAGGAAUGUCCAGUAAGACACUGAAUGAUUUACUGAAGAAGGGUAGUUCCACAGUGAAUAAAACCUCAAAGAAGUCGUCUUCUUCAUCUGCUAACUGGAAGAAAUAUCUAGGUCUGGCACCAAAAGCAGCAGUGUCGAUGGAAAAGGAUGUGCCACAGAAGGAAUCUAGCAUCUUACAGAGCAGCUCUAGUGAGGAGGCCAAGAGAAUUGCUGCUGCUGCUCUCUCAGCAGUUAAGGAUGCUGCAGUUUCUACUUCAGGCAGGGGAAAAGUUGAGAUCAUGGAGGUUCGGGACUUUGCAGGUCAAGAGAUCGAAUUUAAGAAGCUUGUUGAUGCUGAUUCAAAGGAGGCUUUUGAAAAGGCCAAAGCUACUGCACCAUCUGCUGUUGAUGCUGUCCUAGAGCAAAUAAAAAAGAAACCAAAGCUUAGUGUUUUGGACAAGACUAGAAAGGAUUGGGGGGAGUUCAAGGAAGAAAAUAAAGGGCUGGAAGACGAGUUGGAUGCAUACAAAAAGAGUUCUAAUCAGUAUCUUGAUAAGGUUUCUUUCUUACAUCGAACAGAUUACCGUGAAUUUGAGCGGGAGAGAGAUGCACGGCUAGCUCUGCAAGCUAAGAGGAGGCCUGAUAUGCGAGAAGAGCCAUAGUUGCCCCACAUCGGCUAAUAAGCUGCUGAAUAUUUUAUUGCGGCCUUUGGCAAGGUGAAAAUAUGAGUCCUAUCGAUAUCUUUGAAAUGGAUAUGAUCAACUUGUAUAAGUCAUGCGGUUCAAGAUGUUUUCAAUCCAUCUGAGAAUUCCACUAUGAAAGUGAGAGACGAGAUUGUAUACUUGCAAAACAAUUUAACCUCCUUUCUCAAAUUUUAUUUGACAAGACUGUAUUUUCAAUAUAAAAAAUUCUUCCUUUCCUUUGAUUCGUGUA